GUCUGGAGUAUUUUUCCAAAUAUCUUUUAAAGGUUAAUAUUGAAUUUUUUUUAUUUGAAUACAGAAGGCAAUUGCUGAAGGAUAUGCAUUUCCAGAAAAGAACAAACAGAAUUGUUUCAGGGAUCAGAAUACCUUUGAAUGGCUGAGAGCAGUGGAGCUGGCUGAGUAACGGUCAUAGGAAGGGAUGUCUCUUGCAUCCUGUGGCCAGUGCAGCAGGUCAUGUAACAUGAAACAGAAAUCCCCACUUCCCUUGUCCAUCCUCCAAAUGGUUCCAAAGGAUUGGGGGCUGCAAAAGGAAAGAGAAGUUGGGGAAGACAUCCCACACAAAAUUGGAUUUAAGCCAUUAGCUACAUUUCAGAGAAUCAUAGAAUUGGAAGAGACCACAAGGGCCGUCCAGCCCAACCCCAUUCUCCCCUGUAGGAAUGCACAUGCAAAGCAGUCGGCUAUUCAGCCUCUGUUUAAAAACCUCCAAAGUAAAAGACUCCGCUGCAGUAUAUUUCAUUCUCAAAUAGCUCUUGUGAUUAAGAAUUUCUCCCUAAUAUUUAGGUGGAAUGAUUUUCCUGUAGUUUGAACCCAUUGCUCCAUGUCUGAGUCUCUGGAGCAACAAGGAUGCUCUAUUCUCAAAAUGACAACUAUCAUAUCACCUCUUAACCUUCUCUUCUCCAGCUUAAAACACCCGGUUAACUAAGUCAUUCCUCAUAGGGCUUGGUUUCCAAACCAUUUUUCUACUUUGGUCACCUUCCUCUGGGCAUGUUCUAUCUUACCACCCAGAAGUGGACACAUUGUGAUUUCAGGUGAGAUCUGACCAAAACAGAAUAGAGUGGGACUAUGACUUCCUUGAUCUAAACCAGGGGUCCCCAAACUAAAGCCUGCAAACUGGAUGUGGCUGUCCAAUGACAUUUACCCCCCCCCCCAACUUUAGACUUAACAUCUCCCUGAGUCUGAAACAACUUGAAGGCAUACAACAAUAAAAACAAUCCUAAUUAUCCAUAUUUACUUGAAUCUAAUGCACACCUCUAUUUUCAAAACCCUGAAACCAAAAAGGUAUUUGCUGCCAAAUGUAAUGCACAGGGGCAAAAAGUACGCUGUUUGUAAUUUGGUCACAAAAAGUGCACAUUACUGUGACUGCCUGCUUAGAAUUCCUUCAUUAUGAACAGUCGUGUUAGAACAACAAAGCUUCCAGCAAUAGAAAAUAAAACCUUGGGGUGCAUCUAUGCUGUAGAAUGAAUUCACUUGAAAUGCCUUGGUUCAGUGCUGUGGAAUUCUGGUGGCUGUAGUUUGGUAAAGGUUUUGAGCCUUCUCUGCCAAAGAAUGAUGGUGCCUCACCAAACUACAACUCCCAGGAUUGCAUAGCAUUGAGCCCUGGUCAUUUAAUUAGAGAUGAUGUCCCUCAAAGAGGAGUCCCAGGUGCUUUGGCUCAGCACUAAGAUUACUGUAUGACGUGAAUCUAACCCCAAUUUUGGCAAGGUCAUUUAGCCUAAAAAAAGUGAGCAUUAGUCUAGUAAAUGUGGUAACUUGACUAUCCUAUCAGUUAAAAGCAGGCCCAUAUUUCCCAUUGAAAUACUAAUAAGUUUAUGUUAGUUAAAAUUGUUCUACGCUUUAGAUAUUGUAUUGUUCUUUAAAUUUUUUUUGCACUACAAAUAAGAUAUUUGGGGUUUUUUUUCAAACUAUAGUUCAGCCCCCCAAAAAUCUGAGGGACUGUGAACCGGCCCUCUGCUUUAAAAGUUGGGAGGACUCCUGAUCUUGACACUAUACUCCUAUUUAUAAAGCCUAGAAUCACAUGGGCUUUUUAAUCUGCUGCCUCACACUAUUGACUCGACUCAUGUUGAGCUUGUGGUAUGCUAAGUCUCCUAGAUCCCUUUUACAUUAACUGUUGUCAAGCCAGGUGUCAUUCCUCUUAUAUCUGUGGAUUUCAUUUUUUUUCUGCCUAAGUGCAGCACCGGACAUUUCUCUCUGCUGAAAUUCAUUUGACUGUCAUAUUUGUAGUGUUUGAAAGAUGUCUGCAACAGGUAAGAGCAUCUCAAUUAGGAAGUUAUACGUCCUUUCAGAAUUGCAGAAUUCACUGGAAGACUGAAUAUAAUCUAUGAACUAUAGUGUUUCUUAUGUAUUCUCAAUGCUAAUACAAUUACUGUUUUACAAAGCACAUUUUAUUAACUAUUUCUUUGUAGUACAGUUUUUUUUAAACUGCUUUCUGUGAAAUCCUCCUGUCAGUGGCCAAUUUAUUAUCAAUUUGGAAUGAAAUAUUUUUAUUUCUGUUUACAUCUACCUCUGCUUGCAAAUUGUACUUGCCAAUCCUGAGUUACUUAUUCUUGUCUUUUAAAAAUGGAUGUCCACAUGAAAAUCAUCAAUACUGUACCUCAUAGAGGACAGUGACAGUGAUCUCUAUGCUUGCAGAAAAAGAACAGGAUGUUCCACUAAAUCACUACACUGACCCUAGUAGGAAUGUAUAUUACAGGAGUGUUUCCAGCAUGACACCAGGGAACAUCUCCUGUGUCUCCUCAAUCAGUCAAAUGAGUUUCCCAACUAAGCAACACUCCUUUGCCAUGUUCUGAUGGUGUCCAUCCCAGAGUCUUGUCACAUCCUGGCAAAGGAACCUUUCAACAAUGAGAUGAUCAGCCUCUUCCCUAUCAAAAGUAUAGUGAAAAAAUGUGGGAGGAAGAACAUGGCUCCAAGGAAGGCGUGCUCUAUUGCUUAAGCAAGCAUAAAAGGAUCCUGCAUGAAUGCAAACAGGUACCUACGGGUCCAUUCAGCUCCCCUUGGUUUGUCAGCUCAAGAGCCUUCCAGCAGAAAAUCAGAUUUUUUCCUCAGACAUUUUGGUUAAUCUGGUAUUUAUUUUUGUAUUAAUGUUCUGUGCCCAGUAAAAUGCAUUUCGCAUGCCAUUGUUCCUUUGAUUAAUUUGUUUCCUGUUUAGAUGACUGCAUGCAUUUCAUUUCAAAAUGAUCAUCACACGGCACAUGUGCACCCAUUUCUUUCUUCUCCCUGGGAAAAAUGUUCUUUAACAUGAAUGAGGAAAGAUUAAACUUCUGCUCUGAAAUUCCCUAGGUCUUUUGCUACGACUCAUGAAACCCUUGUGUUUUUUGUAAAUUAUAAUGAAGGAAAAGGGGGAUUUACUGUUACUCCGUACUAUCAAUAUUAUAUUGUUUAAGGAGGGAAUGUAAGGUACUCUGAUCCUUAUGUAACUAUUACUCAUCUGGUCUCAAGUUUCAGAAUCUCUAAGGAACUUGUAUGAUAUAUUUUUAAAGUUACUCACAACUGAGAUAUAUUUCCAUACUAAGAUUAAUGAAUUGGAUUAAUGAAUUGGAUGUGGUAACUUGACUAUCCUAUCAAUUAAAAGCAGGUCCGUAUUUUCCACUGAAAUACUGAUAAGAGACAGUGACCUGACUCAAGCAACCAAGAGGGCUUCAUGGGGUACAUCUACAUUGUAGAAUUAAGGUGCAAGCAGUCCUCAAGUUACAAACAUCCAACUUACAAAUGACUCAUACUUAAGAACAGGGGUGAGACAACAGGAACUGAGAGAAAUAUAUCCCUAGGAAGGGAAAUUAACUCCUGAAAGAGUUAUGGGGAAAAAGUGUCUCAGGGCCCUUUCAGACAGGCCUUAUAUCCCAGGAUCUGAUCCCAGGCUUUCUGCUUUAAACUGGGUUAUAUGAGCCCGCACUGCCAGAUAGUCUGGGAUAAACAGAAAACCUGGGAUCAGAUCCUGGGAUAUAGGGCCUGUCUGGAAGGGCCCUCAGCUGAAACUUUAUCAUUAAUCCUUAUUUCCGCAACAAGCCCACUUUUUCCAAAAUCCAAUGAUCCCAGGGACAGAAAGUGAAGUGAAAUCUUCUGAACAGGAGCAAUGACAGCAAAACAAACACCACAAGGGUGUUAACCCUCCCCAGUGCUAUCCAAAGCACACUCUCUCUCUCUUUCCCUCCUCCCUCCCCCCUAUAUAUAUUUGGCUGGAGUUACACUGAAAAAAUGUACCUGUUCCAACUUACAAACAAAUUCAACUUAAGAACAAACCCACAGAACCAAUCUUGUUUGUAACUUGGGAACCUCCUGUAGUUUGACAUCACUUUAAUUCGACAGUAUGGGGAUGCACCCAUAGAGAAACCAGGAAUUGUAGCUGUAUCUCCUACAUUCAAACAACAUGCACAGUUACCCCUUGUAGUAUGCUGGGCGUCAGCGUUCCAAUAAAAGUCUGCUCUAUUUAAUGAUAUGACUCAGAUUUGUUUUCAGGGUUCCCAGCCCCCAUCUCUGUCAUCUCCAGGUAAAGCUAAGAAAGUCUCCUGUCUGAAACCUUGAAGAAUUCUAGUAGAGCAGACAAUGCUGUGCAAGUGAAAUGCUGUCCAAUGGCAUGUCUUCAGAUCUUGGCUUGUUCAGUGCAAUUUCCUCAGGUUUGCUUGGUAUUUGCUGGCUGUCCAUUGCAGAAAGUGCCAUUCUUAGGGGGACAGAGCCCCCUCAAAUUCAUCCCAUCAGGAAGUGGACCUGGCCAGCAGCACUUCCUUGGAUGUAGAUGUUGAAGAGAGAGCACUAACUGUGUCAAAUAUUUGUAACCAGGACAGAAAAGUGGAGCCAGGUGCAGUCCUUCUACCUUUCCUUAGCUUUAGAUAAUCUCUCUCUUCAUUUAUUCUGAUGUAUUAAUAUUGUGGGAUAGGAAAAGCACCAAGAGAGUACUAACCAUACAUCAUUUUACCACCAUCCUCACAGACAUGCAUUGAUUCCCCUGGCGCAGUUAGCCUAUAAAAGUUUCCCAGUCUAGCCUGCAUUUUUUUUUCUUGCCUUAACUGUAAGACUGUCCAAGCUGAUACAGUUUAGAUGUCUAUUCUCUACACUUUCUGCCUUAAUUGGAUGUUCAAAUAUCUGAAAUGAAGUCACAUUGAAGAGAGAGCAAGCUUGUUUUCUUCUACUCUGGAGACCAGGACACAAUGGAGCAAUAGUUUCAAACGGCAGGUAAAGAAAUGACACCUGGAUAUUAGGAAGAACCUCUGAGCCCUGAGGAUCAGAGCUGUUUGGGCUGGAAUAUUAUGCCUCUUAGUGUGGUGGAGGCUCCUUUGGAGGCUUCUAAGCAAUGGCUGGGUGGCUAUUCGUCUGGCAUGCUUUGAUUAUAUGCGCCUGCAUAGCAGAAUGAACAGUUUCUUCCAACGCUAUGAUUCUAUCAUAUAUAAUGGUGCAGUAAAAUGAUGUCCUUUCGAUAAAAUGGAAAGAUCAGGGUUUGCUUAUUGGGUGAGGGGGAUAUUUUCUAACUAUGGGUGGUUGAAUACAUGACUGCAGAAUCUGUGGAUACAGAGGGUCGACUGCCUGAAAUGUGCAGCAUUUUGCCCCCUUACCUAAUAUAUCAAAGAAAGAGACAAGGUACUGUUAUGAUCUCACUGUGAUAGGAUAUUAUUGAUGGAGGAAAUCUAGUAGUUAUCUGCUAAUCAAGCUGGCCAAUUGCUACAUUAACACUUGCCUCAAACAGACAAGAGUUUUUACUCCCACCCUGGAAUUUCCUACUUGCCUAGUUUUCAACAGCCCUCACAACCUCUGAGGAUGUCUGCCAUAGAUGCAGGCAGAACGUCAGGAGAGAAUGCUUCUGGAACAUGAUCAUACAGCCUGGAAAACUCACAGCAACCCAAUUAUCUGAUAAAUCACUAAUGCAAUGUUGCUCACUGAAAGGUACAGCAAACCCGAGGUUUCCAUACAAUCUGAACUAUAAGCAGAUAGCCGGUCUAGUAUGUGUAUGUGAGGAGGGGGCCAUGUUUCCAUAGACACUAUUACUAUUAUUUGGGCUGUUUGUCUCCCUGGAAACAAGAGGCAGGCUUGAAUAUAUUAGCCGUCCUUCAUGAAUACCAUGAAGUGGGACUUUAGAGUACGCUAAGCAGUGCGGGCUCGGCGUGGGUCUAUUAAAUUGCCAGGAAGCACAAUUGGCAAGAAGUUUACUCCUUCAGUCUCACGCAUCUGCAAGAGUGGCUGCCAGUAACCUCUAUCAAAGAAGAAGGAACAGCAUUCCAACACUGUGUAAAAUAGUCUGCUCUCAGCAAAAAGAAAAGGAACUGAGCUUCAAGAGCUUGACAAUGGACAGAAAUCUUCCAUCCGUGAAGGGAAUUUGGAUUGACUUGACGGAUUACAAACAGGAAAAGUGGCUACAUUGAAGACCAGCAGCAAAUAAAAUGUUUCUUAGAUGAGAAAUUGAGUCUGGAAGCAGUUGGCAGGUGGGACGGAUUUGUGCGCUCUUUUCCACCUGAUCCAGCGUGGUAGGAAAUCCUUUCUCCAUCUCUUUUCCUCAACGGGAGCAUGCCUAUUGCUUCCAAGAUGAACAGGACUUUUCCCCAGCUCAACUCUUCGGGGAGCAGCGAGAGCAGCAGCUGGCAGACCAUGGCAGUUGUCAUUCCCUUUGUGUAUUCUCUGAUUUUUUUAGUAGGCACUGUGGGCAAUUCUCUUGUGCUGGCAGUGCUGCUAAGGAAUGGGCAAGUCAACAACACGACCAACCUCUUCAUCCUGAACCUAGGAGUGGCUGAUCUGUGCUUUAUCGUCUUCUGUGUGCCCUUCCAGGCAACUAUCUACACUUUGGAUGACUGGAUCUUUGGACCUCUCUUAUGCAAAGCUGUUCAUUUUUUCAUUUACCUGACCAUGUAUGCCAGUAGCUUUACCCUCACAACUGUUUCCGUGGACAGGUAUUUGGCUAUCCGGUAUCCUCUGCAUUCAAGAGAACUCAGAACCCCCAAGAAUGCCCUCACCGCCAUUUGUCUCAUCUGGGGCCUUUCCAUCAUCUUCUCUGGACCUUACAUAAGUUACUAUCAGGAGUUUCAGGUAGCCAAUGUCACUGUUUGCCAUCCUGUCUGGAAGUUCCCUCAGCGCAAAAUUAUGGACCUCUGCACCUUUGUCUUCAGCUACGUCAUUCCUGUGUUGAUCUUGAGCCUCACCUACCUGAGGACUAUCCGCUACCUCUGGACAUCUGUGGACCCCAUGAAAGACGUGUCUGAUUCCAAGAAGGGCAAGCGCAAGGUCACCCGGAUGAUCAUCAUUGUGGCUGUUCUCUUCUGUCUUUGCUGGCUGCCCCAUCACCUGGUCAUCCUCUGCUUUUGGUUUGGUUAUUUCCCACUGAACAAUGUUACCUAUGUACUAAGGGUCCUCUCUCACCUGAUUUCCUAUGCCAACUCCUGCGUUAACCCCAUUGUCUAUGCUCUGGUAUCCAAGCAUUUCCGGAAAGGAUUCAAGAAGAUCUUCAGCUGCCUCUUGCACAAAAGAGUGGCCAACAAGGUCCAUGUGGCCCAGGUGACCCACACAGUCAGCAUCUUAGAAGCUGAUCUGACAGAAGUGAUACAUGUCAGUGAGCCCAUACAUGCCAGAGCCUCCAGCUGCUGCCAAAUCCCAAUCCAGACAUGGGGGGAGGCAGAGCAACUGAGCCAUCAAGAGAAAGUGGCCAAGUCUUUCAUCACAUUCAAUGUGACUUAGCAAUGUCCUUUGUCCCUGGGCAGCAGGCUGCUGACAGUAGAUGAAUUCUUUGAGUGCAAUGAUGGUUUGGCCCAAAGGAUGCUCUUUAUUUGUUUAAAGAUUUUAAGAUGUGGUUUAAACUCCUAAGGACUAGCAGGUGUACAAGACAGGGAGAUUAUAUAUAUUAUUGUUCAUUGCUCCUCGAAGUAGCACAUCUACCAAAAGCUAAUAUGCUGUAAAAAGUCUACGCAACAUAAAGGACAACAACAAGAAGCAAGAAGUGAUGUUAUCACAGAUAAACAGAUUGAAAAGUGACAGAAAGUUGUUUAUUUUGGGCAAUGGAUCCAAGCAAAGAGAUUAGCCAAUGAAACAAUGACUGCAUUAUGCAUUUGGACUAACCAGUAUUUUAUAGAUACCUUGACAGUACCGUAGAGUCCUAGGUGUCAGCUCUAGCAUUCAUGGAACAUGGCAUUGAAUUGGAUUAUCUCCAAGGUCUUUUCCAGUUCUUUGAUUAUAUGAUCUUAAGACUCAGGUGGGGACCUCCAGAUGCUGUUUGAUUCCAAUUCCAUUUUUCAGGCCCAGCCUGCAUACUGAAAAUCAAGAAUUAUGAGAGUUGUAUUGCAACAAGAUCUAGAGGGCCACUCUGUUCUUAGAUAAGAAAUUGUGUCUGUGCCAUAGGAUGGUACUAACUGAGCCUUAGGAUCAUAUCAAUGUUGUUGGUUGUGUGGCUUGAGCCAAGAGUCUUCAGUGUUAGGACAUGGCAAGCUGUCCUUCUUACGCUCAGCUGAGUGAGCUACCAUUCCUCCGCUCAGCCUCAGUACACAGAAGGAAACAGGAGAAUGCUGCACAAGCAGGAGCUGAGAAAUGCAUUCUCCAGAUCUAGAUGCAAACCCAUCCACUUAUGGAGGAAGUCCAGUUUGGACAGACAGAGAACAAAGACCCUUAGUCUUAUGCUUAGAAUCCAAAGAAUUACAAGGAUCAGUCCAUAAAACUUGUAUACAGUGAGCCAUCCUAGUUCUCUUAGUUUGCAAUAUGUGCACAGUUGCUUAAGAGUAAGUCCAAUUGAUCUCAGUGGGUCUUACUUCAGAGUAAAGAAUUUCAUGGUCAUACUAUUGUUCACACUGGCUUAGGCUUCAGAAGAAAAAUCUUUGUGCAUUGUGAUGCUCUCUUCGUUACUACAACAAAGUGGUAAAUGUGUUGAAUCUGCUUUUCCUUAGUAUCAGGUCAAAGGACCCACUUUUCCUAUUAAAUCUGCAAGAAAUAAACGAUGUCAGAGUAACAGAGAUUGAAAGAAUAUGGAUGAAUUUCAAAUAUAACCCUCCUGCUGUAUGCUAAUAGGUGAGAAGACAUGCAAGGCAGCAUUUUGAUAAUCUGAAAUUUGUAAAAACUAGGACUUAUACAAGACUUUGAUUAUAUGGCACCAGGUAUGUGGUGAGGGGUGAUCUAGUUGAAAAGUUAAGCCCUGUUCCUGGAGGCUUUCAGAAAAGGCACCUCAGACAUCUGGGGCCAAAACAUCUGGGGACCCACAGGAUGAGAACCACUGCUUUAGAGUCUUGGGUACAUUGCAUGAACAUAUGUGUUAUGGUAAAGCAGUCUGUUUUAUUUACCUGAAUACAUUUUCUUUACUCUUUUCUAUGAAUGGGAAGGCCAGUCAGAUUGUAUCUUGUGAACUUGUUUUGCUUUCACCAUGAUACCAUUUGUACAAUUUUCACUAUGCAUCAUACUUUGGACUUCAUGGUCAGUGAUCUGUAAUUUACAUUUAAGGCUCAGAAAUGAACCCAGUUUCUCUUUAGGAACCCCAAAAUAAAUACUGCAUAUACUCAUGACUAAGUUGAGGGCAAGUUUGGUGGCUAAAAUUAUGAAUUGUAACAUGAGCUGAGGAUAAGUAGAGGGUGAUUCUGUAGAGGGGGGAAAGUGCCAAUAUUGUUUCAUGGGACCUGCUGCCUCUGCGAUUUUCCCACCUAGGUAUUCAAAAAGGCCAGAAAUGGCAUAGUGGAGAAGUAGAGGGGGUCAGUGUGUUUUGGUGGUUCUCCCAGGACAGAUUAAGCUCUUGCCAAGUUGCCAUUGUACUCAGAAAAGGGGAUGGUUCUUUUUGAUAAGCGUAUAGUAUUUUUAUUGACCUGACCCGGUUUUUUGGGUUGAUUUUUUUUUGACAAAAAGUACUAGACAUACAUGAGUAUGCAGGGUUGCUUCCUCUUGUUUUGUUUUACAGCUGUGGGAACUAUUUGUUUAUCUUUGAAAAUAAAAAAUAAAGAUUGGUGUAGAUGUU